AUGGGUGAUGAGAGUAGGGAGAAGGGUGAUGAGAGAAGGGAGAAGGGAGAUGAGAGUAAAGAGAAGGGUGAUGAGAGUAGGGAGAAGGGUGGUGAGAGUAGGGAGAAGGGUGAUGAGAGUAGGGAGAAGGGUGAUGAGAGUAAGGAGAAGUAUGAUGAGAGUAGGGAGAAGGGAGAUGAGAGUAGGAAGAAGGGUGAUGAGAGUAGGGAGAAGGGUGAUGAGAGUAGAGAGAAGGAUAAUGGAGUAGGGAGAAGGGGUGAUGAGAGUAGGGAGAAGGGUGAUGAGAGUAGGGAGAAGGAAGAUGAGAGUAGGGAGAAGGGAGAUGAGAGUAGGGAGAAAUGUGAUGAGAGUAGGGAGAAGGGUGAUGAGAGUAGGCAGAAGGGAGAUGAGAGUAGGGAGAAGGGAGAUGAGAGUAGGGAGAAAGGUGAUGAGAGUAGAGAGAAGGGAGAAGGGGAGACGGGUGAUGAGAGAAGAGAGAAGGGAGAGGAGAGUAGGGAGAAGGGUGAUGAGAGUAGGGAGAAGGGUGAUGAGAGUAGGGAGAAGGGUGAUGAGAGUAGGGAGAAGGGUGAUGAGAGUAGGGAGAAGGGUGAUGAGAGUAGGGAGAAGGGUGAUGAGAGUAGGGAGAAGGGUGAUGAGAGUAGGGAGAAGGGUGACGAGAGUAGGGAGUAG